CUGAACUACAGACGUGAGCUGAACUUGUCAAGCUAACGUUGAGAUAUCUGGACAUUUAUCAGUAUGACAGGUCCGGUGCAGGAUUCACACAGGCUGUCUGUGAAAACAUGGACAGAGGAGGAGAGUGACCGAGCUGACAGCACACUGAGCAGAGCGCAGUCGAUGUGCGAUGACACCUCUUCAGAGCUUCAGAGAAUGGCGGCCAUUGACAGAAGAGAUAUUAAUUCCCAGAAUUCCUUGCCUGGGCGAGGUGCUCUGUCCAGGAUAGUAAGAAUGGUGGUGACUCUAAGAGAAUGGGCGCAGAAGAGUUUGGUUGAGGAGACAGAGCGACCUGAUUCCUUCCUGGAACGUUUCAGAGGUCCCACCAACACGGACAUACAAGCCCCGCCCAGCAGGUUCAGCCACAGCCACACUGGCUCUGAUACAGAACAUGAGAUCAGACGCUCCAGACACAAGAGGAGGAAGUGUCAUGUCGAGGUCUUAUCGCCAUCUGAUGAUGCAUACUACUACUGGCUGAUGGUGAUUGGUGCUGCUGUAUUUUAUAACUGGACCCUACUUGUUGUCAGGGCCUGUUUUGAUGAGCUCCAGAUGAGGAAUGUGUUGGUGUGGCUGGUACUGGACUACAUCUGUGAUGGAGUCUAUAUUCUGGAUAUUGCUGUUCGUCUCCACACAGGUUUCUUGGAUCAAGGCUUGAUGGUGAAAGACGUGCGGCGUCUUAGAGAAACCUACGUGCGAAGAUUGCAGUGCAAAAUUGAUAUCUGCUCCAUCCUUCCAACGGACCUUCUGUACUUGACCAUUGGAGUCAGCUACACCCCUCUUCUUCGAUUCAACCGGCUGCUGCGCCUGCCACGUCUCUUUGAGUUGUUUGAACGUACAGAGACACGAACAGGCUACCCCAACGCUUUCCGCAUCUGUAAGCUGGUUCUGUACAUCCUGGUGAUCAUCCACUGGAACGCUUGUGUAUACUACAGCUUCUCCAAAAUCCUUGGACUGGGCUCAGAUACUUGGGUUUACCCCAAUGCAUCAGAUCCUGAGUUUGGCUCCCUGACCAGAAGUUACAUAUACUGCCUGUACUGGUCCACACUGACACUGACCACCAUUGGAGAGACACCUCCUCCUGUUAGAGAUGAGGAAUAUUUGUUCCUCAUAUUUGACUUUCUGGUCGGUGUUCUGAUUUUUGCCUCCAUUGUGGGUAAUGUUGGAGCCAUGAUCUCCAAUAUGAAUGCCACGAGAGCAGCCUUUCAGAGUCGCGUAGACACCCUGAAACACUACAUGCAAUUCAGGCAUGUGAGUAAGGUGCUAGAGCAGCGCGUCAUCCGCUGGUUUGACUACCUCUGGACCAAUCAGAAGACGAUAGAUGAACAGGAAGUACUGAGGAGCCUGCCCAAUAAACUGAGAGCAGAGAUUGCUAUUAAUGUUCACCUGGACACACUUAAGAAGGUGCGUAUUUUCCAGGACUGUGAGGCAGGCCUCCUUGUAGAAUUGGUAUUAAAACUUCGGCCGCAGGUUUUCAGUCCUGGAGACUACAUCUGUAGAAAGGGAGAUGUGGGAAAGGAGAUGUACAUAAUUAAAGAUGGGCAGCUGGCAGUGGUAGGGGAGGAUGGAACCACCCAGUUUGCUGUUCUGACAUCAGGAAGCUGCUUCGGAGAAAUCAGCAUCCUGAACAUCAGCGGCAGCAAGAUGGGGAACAGACGAACAGCUAACAUUCGCAGUCUGGGAUACUCUGACCUGUUCUGCCUUUCCAAACAAGACCUGAUGGAGGCGCUCCAAGAGUUCCCCCAUGCCAGGGCCCAGCUGGAGCAGAGGGGACGAGACAUCCUGCGGAAGGAGGGGCUUCUAGAGGAAGUAAAUGUAUCAGCAGGGGAGGAGCUCGAGGAGAAGGUGGAGAGGCUGGAGACCAGUCUGGAUCGGCUCCAGACGUGUUUGGCUCGUCUGCAGAGUGAGUUCAACUCUUCCCAGCUUCGACUGAAACAGCGAAUCACAACCCUCGAACACAACAUCACCACAGUGGGAACAGGCAGCGGGUUCCUGUCAGACGCCGAUGGCAACGAGAGUGUUUCUGGGGGUGACGGUGUGCGCAGUGAAAUCAACAUCCGGCUCUGAAGGAUGUACUAUGGAAAAAGCACAUAGAAUUGAU